CCGGGAGGGGUCAUGUGGCAUGCCCCGCUUGCUCCCGCUGUCACGUGACUCCAGAAAGAUGGCGGCCUUGACAGCAGAGCAAUUCGCGGCGCUCCAGAGCCUGCUGAAGGCCUCCUCAAAAGAUGUCGUCAGACAACUGUGCCAAGAAAGCUUUUCCAGUUCCGCCCUUGACUCAAAAAAGCUCUUGGAUGUCACAUGUUCCAGCUUGUCUGUGACCCAGGAAGAGGCAGAGCAACUGCUCCAGGCCCUGCACCGCUUCACUAGGCUGGUGGCCUUCCGUGACCUGUCCUCUGCCGAGGCAAUUCUGGCUCUCUUUCCAGAAAAUUUCCACCAAAACCUCAAAAACCUUCUGACAAAAAUCAUCCUGGAGCACAUAGCUACUUGGAGAGCCGAAGCUCAAGCAAACCAGAUCUCUCUGCCACGCCUGGUGGACCUGGACUGGAGAGUGGAUGUCAAAACCUCCUCAGACAGCAUCAGCCGCAUGGCUGUCCCCACCUGCCUGCUCCAGAUGAAGAUCCAAGAGGAUCCUAGUCUGUGUGGAGACAAGCCCUCCAUCUCGGCUGUGACCAUGGAGCUGAGUAAAGAAACUCUGGACACCAUGUUAGAUGGGCUGGGCCGCAUCCGGGACCAGCUUUCUGCUGUGGCCAAUAAAUAAGCAGCCAGCUCGAAGGCGCAGUUGUCAGCACAGGGCUGACAGUGGGACGGUGGGAUGGAGCGCUGCUGCUCCUCAGAAGGCACAGUGCGGGGAAGGAAGCAGCCAAGCCCAUUGCUGUUCUCCUCUCUUCCUCCUUUUGUUUCUUUGCCUGGUGGUGAGCAGAAGCCUCCAUCUCUGAGAAGCUGAACCACUGCCUUGGCAGCGUAAGGGAACAUGUUCUUUGUAUCAGCUGCCUGUGCGUGCUGCUAUGGGAAACCCAGGCCCGUACUGUGGCGCUCCCCUAGUGAGUUCACCUCCAGCAUUAGCUCAGAUGAGGUCACUUCCAGCCUUGGACUACAAGGAGAGAACUAGGGGUGAUGCCGGCAGUGCCUGCUCCCCAUCACGGAAGCCAGCA